UAUAAUGUCAUUUGUGGAAAAAAAUACUGUCAAGAGAAGAGACAAGCGAGAUAAUUUUGAUAAGAUAAUUAGGUAUAAUAGCGUCUUUAUUUGUAUAUUGAUAACGAUAAAAUAUUACAAUGGGAUAAGGGAAAUGUAAAUAAUAUAAAUUAUUAUUUAACCUGCCGCGGCUUUUGUUAUUGGGACCGCUCACAGGAUGGAACAUUUUGGUCUCUCCCACAUAUUGUACGAGCCAGAUAAAUAUAAUCCUGAUACUUUGGACUUGCUGGCAGAUGAAGAAGCAAGGGAAUAUUGGCUCAACACUUGCGAGAAAUUAGUGGAGAAGUACGUAAACUUUGCGUUAGCAAACACCGAUGAUCCGACUGUUGAAAUUCGAGCCCUCAAAUUCAAAACAUGUUACGUGGAGGCUCUGAAGGAACUCAGAAUAAAUCCUCUCGCUCAUGGACAGUUAACAAUACGAUCUCUUCUGGAUAUCAAUGAAACCUGUUUGAGAUCUCAAGGAUUUUUUGAUUUAUGGAAGCAACAAAAGAAAUUUGAAAAUGAAACUGCACUUGCAUCCCUUGCAAGAAGAUUAGCAGAAAUAGAUGCUUUGCCCGAUGAUAGGCAGCGAUGGGUUGAGCUCUGCAGAGGUGUUUUGGCAGGAAAUAUGUUUGAUUGGGGUGCACAGGCAGUAGCCACCAUGCUGAACUCAGGACUGUAUGAAGCCCUUCAGAAAAUACAAAAAAGGCCAUGGCUGUUUGAUGGAUUAGACAAAUGGCUUGAAAAAUUAGAGAAAACAGUUCAUCACUGUGCUGCCAUAUUUGUAGACAAUAGUGGAGUAGAUAUAGUACUAGGCAUAUUGCCAUUUGUCAGAGGACUGUUGCUCAGAGGCACAUCAGUCAUUCUAUGUGCAAACGAGUGGCCAGCUUUAAACGAUGUAACAAAUGUGGAGUUAGAAGAAAUACUACAAGCAGCUUCUCUCAUUUGUCCAGUCCUUUCUGCAGCCUUGGCCACUGGGGAUUUAGUUGUGAGAUCAAGUGGUCAGAGAGGUCCCUGUCUAGAUCUAAAGACUAUUAGUGUAGCUCUCUGUAACGAAAUGAAGGUGCGUGGUGUGGACCUAAUAAUACUAGAAGGAAUGGGCAGAGCCCUUCAUACGAAUUUUAAUGCUCGCCUUGCCGUCGACUCACUUAAGUUGGCUGUUGUAAAGAAUAUGUGGCUUGCUCAACGCCUUGGGGGACCACUGUUCUCAGUCAUCUUCAUAUAUGAAGACAAACCUACUCAAAUACCACAUAAAACGUGUUGAUUACCCCACUAUUCAUUAAGUUUUGACUACAACAUAUUUCCAUAAGUGCAUUCAUAUGUGAAUGCAUAGACCUGUGUUGACAUCUUAUGGCGUUUUUUCGGAAUAUAUUGAGUGUUACCCUGA